CACUUUAGCUCCUUGUCCUCUGGGAUAACACCUUAGCCCCCUGUCUUCUGGGAUUUUGUACCGCGGUGCUCCCGAGCUGCAGGAGCCUUCUGUGGGGUCAGCUCCCGUCUGAACAACGGCUCCUGGACUUGCUGUGAUAGCAGCCCCAAGUUCAUUCGUUCCCACGUGCCCUGGAAGGGUGCUGGUCUCUGUGGUGCCCGCUGGUUUUUCUAGCGAUCUCUUUCGUUUUGUGAUUUGCAGGGGCGGUCCUUGGUGCCCCACCGUGAUGCCGAAGCGGGGCUGUCACCGCGUGGCGAACACGGACGUACCGCGCCUGGGCUUUCCGUGGUGUAGCGCUGCUUUCUGCCCCUGGGUCUGGGCUGGAGGCAACUCGGCUACAGAUUAAAGUGUUUUUUAAUGUUGCUGCUCAACAUCACAAGCUGUUUGCAGAAGAGUUUUAGUGAAUUUAGUACAAUGGAAUCCCUAGGUUUAGUGACAAGACCCAGAUUGCACAGGUAGAAUUUUCUUCUUUCAGGCCUUGAUAGCUGACAGCUUUUAAAAGAUUUGGCUUGAGUUUGUUGUCACAUGGGUUUUGGCUUUGAAAGGGAUUAUUUUAUAGAUAACUGACUUUAUGGGUGGUCUAUGUAUUUGUAGGAGGGAAUUAUUUUUUUUUUUUUGUGGUUCUUUCAGGUAUUAACAACCUUGCAAAAUACGUACCUGCCAUUUUCCACACUGUCUCAAAACAAGCUGCUGAGAAACCAGACGUGAAUCAGAUAGUUUUUAUUAUUCUGUUCAAAUUUAUAUGCAAGCAUUCUUUUUCCUUACUGAAGCUGAGGCAGGAAUCAGAUUUCUUAAGAAGCACAUGCAAGGUGGUUUUGUCAGAAUAUAAAGGAGAGGUGGGGCUUUAAUGUUUUUGUUUUGGUGGUUAUUUAUGUGAAGACUGCAUUCUAAGGAAGAAAAUCUGUAAGUGAUGUAGAUAUAGCAUCUGGAGGUAUUGGUGAGGGAGUGACUUGAGGAUCCUAAAGCUGCCUCUGAUAUUGCAGACAUUUAUCACAGUAAUAAUAGUGUUGCAGUAGUUACCCUUAGUUUGGGAAGUCUGUUUGGCAGUGCUCGGGUCCUCUUUUAUUUCUGCUUCUCUGAGCUUGUGUGGGGACAGGAAUGGAGCAUGAAAUACAAAGCUCAAAUGAUUUAUAUUGUGCCUUGAACUUGUAAACGUGCACUUUGCCAUGAGGAAGCAAAAACACUGAAGUCAGUUGAGAAGAAGUGGUCCUGGAAGAUCUGGUGUAUUUAAAGGAAUAAAUUCAAAUAGAUUUCCAGAUCUUGCUGCUUUAUUUAAAGGGCCAUUUGUGACUUUUACAAGGUGUUGGUAAAUGUCCUGUUAUACUGAAUUAGAAUUUAGUUUCACACUUGGCUCUAAACAAGCAAAACUGUUGGUCUGUGCUAGGACUGAAUAGAUGUGGUUUGUUGGUGUUUGGGUACAGAGAACAAAUAUGAGAUUUCCUUACUUCCAGAACUGUUUGUACCUCCUGAGCAACGCUAAUCACAGCGUGUGCAGGCAAUAACAUGUGCCAUGUCCUGUGCUGUGAUUCCAUUUCAAAUAAACUUUAUGUCCUGGGGCUAAUCUUUGGGGCUUUUUCCUUUGUAUUAUGUACAGGUUCUCUUGUUCUCCUUUUUGAUGAUGCUUUGGGAGUUGCCCCACUGAAGUCAGGAGGAGCAGUAGAAGGCUGAGUUGUUAUUUGGUGUCAGUGUUUUGUGUCCUCUGUACACAAACCUUCAGCCUGUGCUGUGGGACCCUUUGUGCCCCAAGGCCUGGGGGUGUCCAGGGGGCAGGGGCACAGCUGUGGGCACUGCUGCAGUUUGGAUCAAAGCCCUUGUUUGUUUGGCCUCAGCAGUUUUAAUUUUGUCAGAUACAUGACUGAAACACAGGAGCUGUUUGGUUUUGAGGAGUGGUGUGUAUGUACCCGAGGAAGCCUUGGAGAGUCGAUUGCCCCAUUUUUGUUGAGGUGACUGACAGACUUUGGCAAGUGGCCGCACAGGUACUGGCGUGAGCGGAAUCUCGGCCAGGAUUCGGUCAGUGCCCAGAACUCUGGUCUGGGCGGGAUCCUCAGUUUAGCGUUGAAAGUGACUCUGGCAACUACAAAUCCCAGGGAGCAUUGCUGGGAGCAGGGUCGUGCAGGAGGGUUGGCAUCCUGCAGGGACCAAUGGCAGCCGACAACUCCCGCGAUCCCUGCGUGUCAGCUGCCAGCGCUCCAAGCGCUGGAGAGCGGCGUGGGAGCUGCCUGUUGCCCUGGGCUGAUUUAAAGUCCUGUGUGAGCUCUGAUUUGAUAUUGUGUUCUGCAGCCUCUGUGCCGGCUGGAAAAAGCCCGCGGGAGUAGUGCCGAUGGAUGCGAUUCUGAACUGCAGCGCGGAGGAUUUGGAGGAUUACUACAACUUGCUGGGAUGCGACGAGCUAUCGACGGUUGAACAAAUUCUUGCAGAAUAUAAGAUUAAAGCCCUGGAAUGUCAUCCUGACAAGCAUCCUGGAAAUCCCAAAGCAGUGGAGAGUUUCCAGAAGCUGCAGCAAGCUAAGGAGAUUCUCACUAACGAAGAGAGCCGGGCGCGCUACGAUUACUGGCGGCGAAGCCACAUCACCAUCCCCUUCCAGCAGUGGGAGGCCCUGAGCAGCUCCGUGAAAACGUCAAUGCACUGGGCUGUCCAAAGUAAGAAGGACCAAAUGCUGGAGGCUCCUGACUUCAGUAAUACCAACAUAACUAAUGAGAUUUGGACCCAACAGACGGAAAACAAUGAAGAUGGAUUGUUGGGAGGGAACAGAGAGCAAGAUGAUGUUGCAAUUCCUGAUGUGAAACCACAGUCUUCAAAGAAUCCAGACUCCCCAAGAUUUUCAGAGGGAAAUUACUGGCACUUGCGUUUCCGCUGGUCAGGUGAUGCCCCAUCAGACCUCCUGAGGAAAUUCAGAAACUAUGAGAUCUAAGAUGCAAAAUAUACAAGAGCAUGAGAUCACGUGUUCAACAGUGCAGUAUUUUUUUUGUCAGCAGUUAUAAGUUAUUUGUGUUUUGUAUUCACUCAUUGUAACGUGAACGUUGUUCCAAUCAAUGUCUAAAUACUGAUUUAACACACGUGCUGUGAGCAUUGCAGGUGGAGGUCUUUUUGUUUAACAAGCAAAGCCUUUUCAGUAUUAACAUGAAAUGAUUUUGUGAAGUUA